CUCUUCUGUGGAAACGAAACUGAUCUGAGUCUCUGUCUCGUCUGUCUGUGUGAGAGUGAACAACCGUCCAAAUGGCUCAGCAGGGAAAUCUGCUGGACCAGGACCAGUUCUGUUGUUCUGUCUGUCUGGAUCUACUGAAAGAGCCGGUCACCAUCCCCUGUGGACACAAUUACUGUAGAAUCUGUAUUAAGGACUGCUGGGAUCAGGAUGUUCUGAAAGCGGUCUAUAGCUGUCCUCAGUGCAGAGAGACCUUCACUCCAAGGCCUAAUCUGAGGAAAAAUAACAUGUUGGCUGAGCUGGUGGAGAAACUGAAGAAGACAGGACUCCAGGCUGCUCCCCCUCCUGCUCUGUGCUGUGCUGGACCUGGAGAUGUGGCGUGUGAUGUCUGCACUGGGACCAGAAAGCAGAAAGCCCUCAUGUCCUGUCUGGCAUGUCUGGCCUCUUACUGUGAGACUCACCUCCAAUCUCACUAUGAAUCUCUUGCUUUGAAGAAGCACAAGCUGGUCAAAGCCACCGCACAACUACAGGAGAAGAUCUGCUCUCAUCAUGACAAACUGCUGGAGGUUUACUGUCGUACCGAUCAGCAGUGUAUCUGUUAUCUGUGUACAAUGGAUGAACAUAAAGGCCAUGAUACAGUGUCAGCUGCAGCAGAGAGGACUGAGAAACAGAGGCAGCUGGGGAUGAGUCAGCAGAAGGUCCAGCAGAGAUUCCAGGAGAGAAAGAAGGAGCUGAAGGAGCUCCAACAGGCUGUGGAGUCUUUCAAGCGCUCUGCACAGGCAUCAGUGGAGGACUGUGAUCAGAUCUUUACUGAGCUGAUCCGCUCCAUUGAGAGAAGGAGCUCUGAGGUGAAGGAGCUGAUCAGAGCCCAAGAGAAGGCUCAAGUGAGUCAAGCUGAAGGACUCCUGGAGCAACUGAAGCAGGAGAUAGCUGAGCUGAGGAAGAGAAGCACUGAGCUGGAGCAGCUCUCACACACAGAGGAUCACAUCCAUUUCCUCCAGAGUUAUCAGUCUCUCUCCAGUAGCAGUGUAUCUUCAGACUUACCCAGCAUCGUUGUCCGUCCUCUUCAGUACUUUGGAGAUGUGAGUAAGACUGUGUCUGAACUGAGAGAGAAACUAGAAGACGUCCUUAAAGGAGAAUGGACCAAGAUCUCCACUACAGUGAAUAUAGUGGAUGUUGUACUGCCUCCAGAGCCCAAGACCAGAGAACAGUUGUUACAAUAUUCCUGUCAGCUCACACUGGACCCAAACACAGCACACACACACCUCUCUCUGUCUGAAGGGAACAGAAAGGUGACCUGUUUUGGCACAGUCGAACCAUAUCCUGACCAUCCAGACAGGUUCACCAACUACUGUCAGGUUCUGUGUAGAGAGGGUCUGUCUGGACGCUGUUACUGGCAGGUGGAGUGGAGUGGGGACAGGGUUGAUACAGCAGUCUCAUAUAAAGAUAUCAGCAGAACAGGGUCAGAUAGUGGAUUUGGAGACAAUAACAAGUCCUGGAGUUUACAUUGCUGUAGUGAUGGUUAUUGUUUCAGACACAAUAAUGUUGUGACUAAAGUAUCAGGCCCUCAGUCCUCCAGAGUAGGAGUGUACCUGGAUCACAAGGCAGGUACUCUGUCCUUCUACAGUGUCUCUGACAACAUGACCCUCCUCCACAGAGUCCAGACCACAUUCACUCAGGCCCUCUAUCCUGGGUUUUGGCUCUAUGAUGGUUUUUGUAUCUAUGGUAGUACUGCUGAGAUGGUUAAACUGUAGUAGGGUCCACAUAGAUACUAGUCAUGCUGGUGUAGUCUAUAGCUGAGCUGGUUAAACUGUAGUAGGGUCCACAUAGAUACUAGUCAUGCUGGUGUAGUCUAUAGCUGAGCUGGUUAAACUGUAGUAGGGUCCACAUAGAUACUAGUCAUGCUGGUGUAGUCUAUAGCUGAGCUGGUUAAACUGUAGUAGGGUCCACAUAGAUACUAGUCAUGCUGGUGGUGAUGGUCCCCAGAUGUGAUGAUUCAUUCUACUCUGUUUUAUGUACAAUAAUUUAACUGAUUUGAUCUUCAGAUGUUCUGAAUUAAAAUAAACAUUUAAUGUAUUCAUAUUUA